AUGUGAAUAAUUACAAGAACCAAUGAUGAAGUGCCCACUUUCUCUUGCAGGCCCGUUUGUUUGAUGUUGGCCUGGUGUUGCCGCAGAACUCGUUGUCCCUCCCCUUUAACACCCUGUUUGUCUGCUGUUGGUCUGAGGUUGCCGAUGAAUUCGCUGUCCAUUCCCUUUGACACCUUUCUUAACUUUUACAACCACACACCCACAAUACCCAGUUAUAUUAUUGAUAUAGAUAUUUCGAUCCGUAUAUACGGUAGUCAAUCAGAAUUUUAAGCAUUCAUUUCAAGAAACAUUUUUAUUAUUAGGAAAAAGAAGAGAGAUAUUUGUGGGAUCGCUGUCUGUCAUUUAAUGUUAUUAACCUCGUUUUUUUAAAAAGGAGUAUCUUGGGGGUUUGGAGGCGGUUUGUUUAAGAGGUUAUGUGAAAUAUGGGCUUCAUAUUUAUUAAGCAUGUAAAUCUUGGUGGUGGGUUUUUGUUCUGAAAUUUUCCCGGAAAAUUUGGAAUCUGGGUAUUCUUGAUAUUCAGGCAAAUUUCUGGUGAGAUUUGAAAACUAUCUAGAGUUUCCGGGAAUUUUUUCACAUGAGCUCUGCACAAUCUUGAUUCUGAGGGAAUUAGGUUACAAAUAUUUGGUAAAAUAUUUUAUUUUUCCGUUCCAGCUCUGUUUUUUGUUGGUCUUUUGCGGUUGACAAGUUCAAUUUGAUUUGUAUCGAAAACUGUCAUUAUCAAGAUUGAAUAUUUUAUUUCUUGAAAGAUCAAAAUGCAAUUGCAAAUGGGAUUAUGGUGUUGAAAUUAUCCACCCGUGUCUUUUGGAGAGAAGUAAAGAUUGGAGUUUCAAUCAGAGUUCAGUGAAAUUCCAACAGUUCCUCCAAAUUAUUUUUGGAUUUUAUCACUGGUAAAAAUUGGCUCAAAUGUUGUUACAGAUUGGUAAGAAACGAGGAAAUUGUGAGCACAAAAAAGUUGAUAAAUUGGUGAGAUUCCUCAUAUUGUACGAGGAUCAAGGAACCAGGUGUAUAAGGGUGUCUAUAGGGUUAUUUUAGUUUUUGUAACCGAAAAGGGAUUCAGCCUCAAUUUUGUAUUUGAGGAAUUGUAAAUAUAUGGUAAGUAUGAGAUUGUUAAGUCUUAUGGGUAAUUCUUUUGGAUGUUCUGCAUCUGGGGAGCGUCUAGUUUCUGCAGCAAGAGACGGGGAUCUUCAAGAAGCCAAGGCUUUAUUGGAGUAUAAUCCUCGCCUUGUGAGGUAUUCGACCUUUGGUGUUCGCAAUUCUCCCCUACAUUACUCGGCUGCUCAAGGUCACCAAGAGAUUGUUUCCCUCUUAGUUGAAUCGGGAGUUGAUAUUAACCUCAGGAACUAUCGCGGGCAGACUGCUCUGAUGCAAGCUUGUCAAUACGGUCAUUGGGAGGUUGUUCAGACUCUGAUUCUAUUCAAAGCCAAUAUCCACAGAGGUGAUUAUCUUAACGGAGGAACUGCACUUCACUUAGCUGCUCUGAAUGGCCAUUCCCGAUGUAUCCGGCUUCUCCUUGCUGAUUACAUUCCUAGCAUUCCUAAUUUUUACAGCAUCUUAAGGAAAAGAUCAAAAAAUGAUGCAUCUAUUUCGGAAAUUGAUGAUAGUGCACUCUAUGAGGUCAUUAAUAGACCUGCAGAUGGCGGCAUCACUGCUCUCCAUAUGGCUGCACUUAAUGGGCACGUUGAAACCGUUCAACUCCUCCUGGAUUUAGGGGCUUCCAUAUCCAAGGUCACUGUGGAAAAUGGAACUACAAUUGAUUUAAUUGGUCCAGGAAGCACACCCCUCCAUUAUGCUGCUUGUGGUGGUAGUGCACAGUGCUGUCAGCUUUUGAUUUCAAGGGGUGCCAGUCUGACUGCAGAAAAUGCUAAUGGUUGGACGCCCUUGAUGGUUGGCCGUUCUUGGCAUAGAGAUUCGCUCGAGGAAAUUCUUAGCAGGAGUCCAGAAAGCCAACCACAACUUAGUCCUUCACCAUAUUUAUGUCUUCCUCUUAUGAGCAUCGUUAAUAUCUCUAGAGAAUGUGGAUGGAGAGGCAACGACACGCUGUCCACAUGCGUAGAUCCUUGUGUUGUUUGCUUGGAAAGGAAAUGCACAGUUGCUGCAGAAGGUUGUCUCCAUGAGUUCUGCACGCAUUGUGCUUUGUAUCUAUGUUCCACAAAUAGCAUCUCUACUGUUUCUCACGGUUCCCCGGGCUCAAUUGCUUGCCCACUCUGCCGGCAUGGUAUAGUUUCUUUCGUUAAGCUUCCGGACACAAGGUCAAUAUGCAAGGAUAUUUCAAGAACAAGUUUGUCCUUGACUUUUUGCACUUGCUCGACUGGGGUUCCUGAACCCACUUUAUUGGAAACCCCAUUAUGCAAGCCGGAUUUCUCGUGUGCUCGGAUCUCCCCUCUCGGUUCUUCUUUCCGCUCGCUUAGUUGCCAAAGGUUUCCAUCCAUGAAACUCCGACCAAGCCUUUGUAUGGGAGCUUCAGACCCUGCUCCUCCUUUGGUUCCAAGAUCAGUCGGCCGUAACUUGAGGAAUCAACUGGUUAGAUGUUCAAGAUCCGGCUUUAGGCGUUCCAGCUCUGAGAAUGAAGGUAGAAGAUGGUUAUGCUCUUUUAGUCAAUCUAUGGAAACUGGAAGCACCUGUUGAAGAUUAAUGGAUUCAGGAGAACUUAUAAUCUACGUCUGCACAUUGACUUUUUAUAUAUUUUUUUUUUGAAAAAUUGGUAAAUUAUUGCCAUUAUUUUUGUUCAAAAGAUGUUAAUAGCAUGUUUGGUGAAAAUUUGUGUAAAUGUGGAAUCUCGUAUCAUAUCUCUACAAUCUUACAAGUUUAUACGCUUGAA